AUGCAGGGCUUCCCCGGAGGAAGUGCGGGCCGAGCGCUGUCCCCUGUGGACAGGCAGACGCUUCUGGUCUGCAGCUUUAUCCUGGCAGCAGCUUUGGGCCAAAUGAAUUUCACAGGUGACCAGGUUCUUCGAGUCCUGGCUAAAAAUGAGAAGCAGCUUUCACUUCUCAGGGAUCUGGAGGGCCUGAAGUCCCAGAAGGUGGACUUCUGGCGUGGCCCAGCCAGGCCCAGCCUUCCUGUGGAUAUGAGGGUUCCUUUCUCUGCACUGAAGGACAUCAAAGCUUACCUGGAGUCUCAUGGCCUUGCUUACAGCAUCAUGAUAAAGGACAUCCAGGUGCUGCUGGACGAGGAGAGAGAAGCCAUGGCGAAAUCCCGCCGGCUGGAGCGCAGCACCAGUAGCUUCAGUUACUCCUCGUAUCACACCCUGGAGGAGAUAUAUACCUGGAUCGACAACUUUGUAACUGAGCAUUCAGAUAUUGUCUCAAAAAUUCAGAUUGGCCACAGCUUUGAAAAUCGGUCCAUUCUUGUUCUGAAGUUCAGCACUGGAGGUUCUCAGCGCCCAGCCAUCUGGAUCGACACUGGAAUCCACUCCCGGGAGUGGAUCACCCAUGCCACCGGCAUCUGGACUGCCAGGAAGAUUGUCAAUGAAUAUGGCAAAGCCCGCAUCGUGACAGACGUACUGAACGCCAUGGACAUCUUCAUGGAGAUUGUCUCCAACCCUGAUGGGUUUGCUUAUACCCACAGCAUGAACCGCUUGUGGCGGAAGAACAAGUCCAGCAGACCCGGAAUCUUCUGCAUUGGUGUGGAUCUUAACAGGAACUGGAAGUCAGGCUUUGGAGGAAAUGGUUCUAACAACAACCCCUGCUCAGAGACUUAUCAUGGGCCCUCCCCUCAGUCAGAGCCAGAAGUGGCUGCCAUUGUGGACUUCAUCAUGUCCCACGGGAACAUCAAGGCUCUGAUCUCCAUCCACAGCUACUCUCAGAUGCUCAUGUACCCCUAUGGCCACUCUCUGGAGCCUGUUUCAAACCAGGAAGAGUUGAUGUGGCCAGUGGGAUCACUGUCGACUGGGCCUAUGACAGUGGCAUCAAGUACUCCUUCACCUUCGAGCUCCGUGACACGGGGCACUAUGGCUUCCUGCUGCCGGCCACCCAGAUUAUCCCCACAGCCCAGGAGACGUGGAUGGCCAUUUGGACCAUCAUGGAGCACACGCUUAAUCACCCCUACUGACAAUACUGCUGAGGGCAGAGCCAGAGGGUUUGUCUUCUUUCCCAAGGCCUGGGCUCCUCCUGAAACCCAAGUUAUGGAUCCCUUCCCCACCCCUGCCCUGACUCCUUAG